AUGAAAAGUCUACAGUUUUCGCUGCUCUUAGUCAUAUAUAUGGCUUUAUUGGGAGUUUUUUACUGUGAGGCAAGAGUUUGGAGACCGCCACCACCGCCAGGACGUAAUCCCUUUGAUUUUAAUCCCUCGCCAUUCAAUCCUAGCAAAGGUUAACUAAGAAGUAAAAAUAAAAUACUAAAAAAUGAA